GUUAACGCUGCGUUGAUGUUUUUGUUUUGUUUUCUCCUCACAUAAAUGAAGUUGAUUUCUCCGUCUUUGAGUAGUGUAAUGUGUAGGGGUUCGUCGCAGUCUCCGUUGGCGUUUUUAAAAAGACCUCGCGUGUUGUGUUUGUGUGCGGCUUGUAAACGAGAGAUUCGCCGGGUCACAUGUUUUAGUGUUUUGUUUUGUUUUAGCUGACAUCCAGCUGAAUAGGCGAAAGCACCAGAGAGCAUGUGUGAAUAGAAGCAUUGUGGGCUGCUGCCUGCGUGUCUGGUUUUGUGUACGUGUGUGUGCGUGUGGCCUCUGCAUCCUUUUCUCCUCUGCGUCGCUUGUGCCACACGCACUCUCCAUCAUCGCUGCCUGCUGGCUGACACGCUGCGUGGACGAGCAGGAGGACAUUACCGGCGACAGCGAGCUGUCCGCUUGUCGACGCCCGCCGCUCGCGUUCGACUGCCCACGGCGGUGACCGUAAAACAACAACAACAACAACAACAAAAAGUCCCUACCAUGCCCCAGCCCGGCAAAUCCAGAAACGCCCCGCCGGCGUUGCGCUCGCAAACGGGGGGCCCAGCUGGGGAUGAAGAGGAGCGCCGGGUUGAUGUGGGGGACACGGGACAGGACAACCAAGGAGACGAGGACAUCAUGAAAUCUCCAAGUGAUCUCAAACAGUACAGGUGCAUUGUGCUGGACAACGGGCUGCGUGCUCUGCUCAUCUCGGACUACAGCGGCCCGCCCGUAUCGGAAGACGAAGAGGAGGAAGAGGAAGGUGGUGAGGAGGAGCAGGAGGAGGACGAGGACGAGGAGGAGGAGGAGGAGGAGGACAAUGAAAUGGAGGAAGAGUCGGAUGAGGGCGGCGACGAGGACGAUGAUUGGGAGUGGAAGAAGAAGAGAGAGAAUGCCGAGAAGCAGUCUGCAGCCGCUCUGUGUGUCGGAGUGGGCAGCUUCAGUGAUCCCACUGACCUCCCUGGCCUUGCCCACUUUCUGGAACACAUGGUGUUCAUGGGCAGCGAGAAGUACCCCUCGGAAAACGGCUUUGAUGCCUUCCUCAAGAAGCGCGGCGGCAGCGACAACGCCUCCACCGACUGCGAGAGGACCGUCUUCCAGUUUGACGUGCAAAGGAAAAGCUUCAAAGAGGCGCUCGACAGGUGGGCUCAGUUCUUCAUCUGCCCGCUGAUGAUCCGAGAUGCCAUAGACAGGGAGGUGGAGGCCGUCGACAGCGGUGAGUCCGCACGUGUUCGUAUUCCAUCUCGAAAACCGCCGUCAUCGCCCUCUCCCGCCCCGUCAGAGUACCAGCUGGCCAAGCCGUCCGACUCGCACAGAAAGGAGAUGCUGUUUGGGAGUCUGGCCAAAGCGGGACACCCCAUGGCCAAGUUCUGCUGGGGGAACGCGCAGACUCUGAAGCAAGAGCCCAAACAGAAGAAGAUCAGCGUCUACAAGCAACUGCGAGCCUUCUGGAAGAAACACUACUCUGCACAUUACAUGACCCUGGCUGUCCAGUCCAAAGAGAAACUGGACACGUUGGAGAAGUGGGUGCGAGAGAUCUUCAGCAAGGUGCCCAACAAUGGCCUUCCCAAGCCGGACUUUUCCGACAUGCUUGAUCCCUUUGACACGCCCUUUUUCAACAAACUAUACAGAGUCGUCCCCGUUCGGAAGGUGCAUGCAUUGAAUAUCACCUGGGCGCUUCCCCCUCAAGCGAAACACUACAGGGUGAAGCCUCUUCAGUACAUAUCGUGGCUGAUUGGCCACGAAGGCCCAGGAAGCAUCCUGUCGGUGCUCCGGAGGAAGUGCUGGGCUCUCGCUCUAGUCGGAGGCAACAGCGAAACCGGCUUCGAUCAGAACACCACCUACUCCAUCUUCUCCAUCUCCAUCACGCUCACAGACAAAGGUUUUCAGAACUUCUACCAGGUCACCCACCUGGUAUUCCAGUACCUCAAGAUGCUGCAGUUACUUGGACCUCAGAAAAGGAUAUACGAAGAGAUUCAGAAAAUCGAGGCCAACGAGUUUCGCUAUCAGGAGGAGAGCGACCCUAUAGAGUACGUGGAGGAUAUCUGUGAAAACAUGCAGCUGUUCCCCAAGGAGGACUUGCUGACAGGGGACCAGUUGAUGUUUGACUUCAGUCGCGAGGUGAUUGGUGCAGCGCUGUCCCUGCUCACCCCCGAGAAAGCCAACCUGAUGCUGUUGUCACCAGAACACGAAGGCCGCUGUCCCCUCAGGGAGAAGUGGUUUGGAACACAAUACAGCGUGGAAGAUAUCCAGCCGGAGUGGACGGAGCGCUGGUUGGGAAAUUUGGAGCUGAGCAGCGACCUUCUCCUUCCUGCCGAGAACAGGUUCAUCGCCACUAACUUCACCCUGAAGCCUUCCGACUGCCCCGACACAGAAUUCCCCGUGCGCGUCACCAACAGCGACAGAGGCUGCCUGUGGUACAAGAAGAACAACAAAUUCAAAACUCUCAAAGCCUACAUCAGAUUUCACCUCAUCUCUCCUGUAAUCCAGCAGUCUGCUAAGAAUGUGGUGCUGCUCGACCUGCUGGUCAACAUCCUGGGCCACAAUCUGGCCGAGCCCGCCUACGAGGCCGAGGUGGCCCAGCUGGAGUAUAAAUUGGUGGCGGGCGAGCACGGGCUGGUGAUCAAGGUCAACGGAUUUGACGACAAACUGCCCCUGCUGUUCCGCCUGAUCGUCGACCACCUGGCUGACUUCAAGGCCCCUCCGGACGUCUUCAGCAUGUUCUCAGAGCAGCUGAAGAAAACCUACUUCAACGUCCUCAUCAAGCCAGCCAAGCUCAACAAGGAAGUGCGCUUGUUGAUCUUGGAGCACGGCCGCUGGUCCAUGGUGGACAAGUACCAGGCGCUCGUGGCCGGCCUCACCGGCGACGAGCUGACGGAUUUCGUCCGCGGGUUCAAGGCCGAGCUGUACGCCGAGGGCCUGGUGCAGGGCAACUUCAGCAGCCACGAGUCUGGAGGCUUCCUGCAAUAUGUGACCGACAAGCUGCAGUUCUCCAAGCUGCCGGCGGAGGUGCCGGUGAUGUUCCGAGUGGUGGAGCUGCCGAGGCAGCAUCACAUCUGUAAAGUCAAAUCUCUGAACAAGGGAGACGCCAACUCCGAGGUCACAGUCUACUACCAGACUGGAUCCAAAGACUUGAGGGAGCACACGCUGGUGGAAGUCUUAGUGAUGCUUAUGGAGCAGCCUUGUUUUGAUUUCCUUCGCACCAAAGAGACGCUGGGGUACCACGUCUACCCCGCCUGCAGAAACACUUCGGGCAUUCUGGGUUUCUCCGUCACCGUGCAGACGCAGGCGUCCAAGUUCAAUACAGAGCUGACGGAGUUAAAAAUUGAAGAGUUUCUCGUUUCGUUUGGAGAGACGCUCGACGCGCUGAGCGAGGAGGCCUUCAACACUCAGGUGAGCACUCUGGUGAAGCUGAAGGAGUGUGACGACACUCACCUGGGCGACGAGGUGGACAGAAACUGGACCGAGGUGGUCACACAGCAAUACAUGUUUGACCGGCUCAACAGAGAGACCAAGGCCUUGAAGCAGAUGAGGCGCGGGGAGCUGCUCUCCUGGUUCUUCGAUCACCGAGGACCCAACAGCCGCAAACUCAGCGUGCACGUGGUGGGCUUCGGCGCCGAGGAGGGCGACGGGCAAAACGACGACCAGGGGGGGGGACUCCCCGCCCGAGGCGAGGGGUCCGGCGGCUCUGCUUACGGCGAAGUGUCCAGGCUCACCAUCCUGGCGCCCUCGCCCAAGAUGGCGGCCGCCACGCCCAUCAUGGACAUCAACGCGUUCAUUCGAGAGCUGCCCUUCUUCCCCUAGCAGUGGUUACUAGCGAGCUGAACUGCUUUUUGCUGUGGAAUGCAGCGUGCGAACGAAUACUUCAAUGUGUGAUGAGUGAAGUAGUGCGACUUAAUAAA